AGUCCGGGAAAAAAAAAACAAAUUCACAGUCUCUUGUAUUCUUUUAUCCGCUAGGGUUUUUGAAGAAGCAGGGUUUCGAUUGUGCGUCGCGAUUUUGCUCGAUUAUCGCCCAUGGCGAAACCAAGUCGUGGCCGUCGCUCCCCUACCUUUUCUGGAUCGUCAUCUCGGUCUAGCUCCAGAUCUCGCUCGGUUUCGAGCCCGUCAAGGUCUCUUUCGCGCUCCCGGUCCCGUUCUAGAUCGAUCUCUUCAUCUUCUUCUCCUUCGAGGAGCGUCAGUUCAGGGAGUCGCAGUCCUCCACCUCGUGGAAAAAGUCCUACUGGACCAGCUAGGCGAGGUCGCUCUCCUCCUCCUCCACCUCAAUUUAAAGGAGCCUCCUCACCUUCUACGAAAGCUUCACCUAUUCAAGAAUCUCUUGUUCUUCAUAUUGAUUCUCUUAGCAGGAAUGUGAAUGAAGGCCAUUUGAAAGAAAUAUUUGGCAACUUUGGUGAAGUGAUACACGUUGAACUUGCGAUAGACCGAGCUGUUAAUCUUCCAAAAGGAUUUGCUUAUGUUGAGUUCAAGGCAAGAGCUGAUGCUGAGAAAGCGCAGCUGUUUAUGGAUGGCGGCCAAAUUGAUGGAAAUGUUGUUAAAGCAAAGUUCACACUACCACCUCGUCGGAAAGUAUCUCCACCCCCUAAACCCGUCUCAAGUGCACCGAAAAGAGAUGCUUCAAAAUCUGAUAAUGCCGACAUCGAGAAAGAUGGGCCCAGGCGUCCUAGAGAGACUUCUCCGCAACGGAAAACAGUACUUUCUCCAAGAAGGCGAUCACCUCUACCUAGGAGAGGCGCAUCACCCAGGAGAUUACCUGAUUCUCCCCCUCGCCGAAGGCCGGGCUCUCCUAACCGCCGCCGUGGUGAUACACCACCUAGGCGCAGGCCAGCAUCGCCAUCGAGAGGACGUUCUCCAUCUUCUCCUCCCCCUCCAAGACGAUAUAGAUCUCCCCCAAGGGGAUCCCCUAGAAGAAUCCGUGGUAGUCCUGUUCGAAGACGGUCUCCUCCUCCUCUAAGGCGAAGGUCACCUCCAAGGAGAGUGCGUAGUCCUCUGAGAAGAUCUCCAAUUCGCAGGCGUAGCCGAUCGCCAAUCCGUAGACCUGGUCGCUCUCGUUCAAGGUCCAUCUCACCCCGCAGGGGACGAGGUCCAGCUGGGAGACGUGGGAGGUCAUCUUCGUACUCUAGUUCCCCAAGUCCCAGAAGGAUUCCUAGGAAGAUAUCAAGGAGCCGCAGUCCUAGGAGGCCACUGAGAGGAAAAAGAAGCAGCAGUAAUAGCAGCAGCAGCAGCUCACCGCCGCCUCGCAAAACAUAAGAUAAUAAGAACAGAAAUUAAGAAGAAAACAUGUUUCCUUUCAGUUCUCUUCUCCAUCUUUUAUGUCCCCAGAUUAUCUGUGUCUGCCUCUUUUCUUAGAACAUCAAAUUGUUUUUAUCCGUGACCAAAUGAGAGUUGUGGCUUCUGUAGUUUUCCUAGUGUUGAAUGCUUUGUGGAUCUCCCAUUAUUUGGUUAUUAAUAGUCUUAUGUUGUUAUGA